AUGUCGGUGGACAAGAAGUGGCUGUUUGGGCCUGGGCAGCUAGAGCCUAUGCCCCUGGGCAUGAACUGUAAACCUUGGUUUGAAGAAAGACUACCAUCCAAGUGUUUGGCGAAGCACAAGAACGUACCACUGAAACUCCGCAGCUCCCUGAACAGUCGGCGGUGGGUAUUUAUACAGGAGGGACUGGAUGACUUCAGGAAUGGCUGUAGACCUUGUGACAAUAUAAUCAUCCGUCACCCUAAGGAUAGUUUUCUCCCCAGGAUUUCUCCUAAAGUUCUCAAACCUGUCCGCCCCCCAAAGAGUCCCAACAUCUUGCCUGAAGAACCCAGGCUGCGUCUCGUGCCAAGUGGUCAAUCACUUUCGAAAGUGUUAGAGGAGAUAAGGAUUAAGGUAAGCCCCCCGAAGCCACCCUCCGAGGAAACUAUUGUGACCAAGCAGUACUUUACUAUCUACCCCCAAUUAGAGGACGAAGAAGAGGAAAUGGAAGAGAUGUUAUUAAGCGUGAUACAAGGGCCCUACUUGCAAGAGAAGCUGAAGAGGUCAACGUUGCCUUGGAUGGAGCCCCUAACACAGCCAGAACUUCGUAGGAAAUCCUUUCCGCGAGCACAUCCUGUUGAAGUGUUUGUGACAAUGCUCAAGAAGAUUUCUGACACACGUGAAAUGGAGGAGGAAGAGGAGAGAAAGAAGAAGAAGGCCAAGAAAAAGAGUCCGAAGGCCUCGGAGCGCAGAGAGCCACUAAGAAAUGUACCUAAAGUGGUUCGUGAAUUCUGCGCAUGGGCAAUUGGUUUAGGAGAAGAGGACGUAACUGAAGCUUAUGUCAUGAAGCUCUUUGACAUUAGCCGUGAGUACAAACCUGUUUAUCAAACCGUUCGCAUAAGGACUAUAGGCCAGGUUCCUGUACAGCUAAGGUACAACAAGGCGCUAAAUGAAAAGCAGGCGGCAGAAUUUUCCGUAGAGGAGAUAAACUGGGAGAGAAUACUUAAGAAGCCACCAGAUCCGUAUAAACCCAUACCUAUGAAGAUUAGGUAUGGAGCAUGGUACCUGAAGCCCUACUUGUGGACAAAGUUAGUCAAUGAUGAACCCCUGCUUGAACCAGCGGUUCAACGUUUGCGGAAAAGACGUCCUAUACCGGAUAUUCUUGAAGACCUUUAUGGAACAAUUGCCUUUAAGGAUUACAUUUUAAGCCAUGACUUAGAGAUGCCAUGGAUCCUUGAGAAGCUGUUUAAAACUAAGGGAUGGACAUAUGACCAAGUCAACACUCCCAUGAAGAAAGUAUUGCGAAAGUAUCCACUCUUAAAAGAGGACAGUCAAGAGGACCCUUCACUGUUUGUUUGA